AUGAAAUCCCGCGACCGGUGCGAGCUCAACACCAGGUAUCCGAACGGAUGCACCAACCGCGGCUACCUGGUCUCCACCGCGGUCGCCGUCAUCCUCUGCGUCGGCGUGCCGCUGUACCAUUUCCUCGUCCUCAGCGGCGAAGACCCAUCCGCGCUGGCUGUGUGCCUCGAGCGCGACGCGGGGAUGACCGAGAAAGAGCACGACGCCGCGCUUGCGCUCUACUUCCGAUACGAGAUCGUCCCCCAGCGCACGUGCACGGUGGAGACGGAGAUUUUGCGCGGCUGCGUCGCCAACGACACGCGCGUGGUGUCGUUCCGCAGGUACCCGCCCGGUCCGCUCCGGUCGAAGCGAUCCAGAGACGUCCGCGCCUCCUUCGAGCACGUGCGGGGAAACUACCUCGACGCCCUUCACGACGCGUCCAACAUCGACGCAAACGACACGUCGAUCGACGCCACCGGGACCGACGCGUGCGCCGCGAGCGGCGCGUCGCUUCGACCGUUCCUUCCCCGCGUCGCCGGAGGCGUCCACCGCGAAGCGUUGGCGCUCGUCCCGCCGUUCGACGCCCUCCUCCGCGACGACGCCGACUCCGGAGGCUCGCGGCGGUACGUGCGGUACGUGGACUACGCGUGCCUCGCCGCGGUGGAACAUUCGCUGACGUUGCUGGACGACGCGGCGGCGUGGAACGACGCGGCGCCGGCCGGGGUUGGUCGCGAUUUCAGCGCGGCGCUCGCGGCGUUUUUCACUCACGAGGACUUUAGCGUCGGGGCGUGCGCGCUCAUCGUCGGCGCGGAGAGCAGCGAGUGCCCGGGCGAGAAGGACACGAUGAUGGGGAGUCAGAAGGGGAGCGACCUCGGGUACGGAGAGUGCGACUUCAUCGAGUUCGCGAACGUCGCGUGA